AUGGAUGGUGAUCAAUGGCGAGUACAAGGAUUGGCCAACAGACAUUGCUCCUGGGAGGUGAAGAAUUUGGGCCCUGUUUAUGGUGAAGGAAGUUUGGAGGAGCAGUCUCCCAAAUUUCCUUCUGCUCAUAUGAGACAGUCUCUGCUCAUGAGACUGUCUGCUGGCCAAUUUUUCCACAACACUAACCGCAGCUAUGGCCCAAUUGUGAGACACCCUACAACAAUACUUGAGGUGGCCCUGAUUCCUAUGUUGCAGCUCAGCUUUGCUCUUCUCCAUGAAGACAGGAGGGAGAGCGUCAACUUUUCGUUUUGGGAGCACAAAAUGGCAUGCAUAAUCUCUGAUCGCGAAGAAGGCGCGGUUAAAUUUGCGCCAAGAGUGUUUAACGGAAUAACGCUGGAGAGUUUAGGGUUCUUACCCAGGAACCCUAAUAUCCGAAGCUCCAUAGGGCGGCACUACCACCAGGUCUGCGCAUUCGCUCUAUCUCGACUCCCCGCGUACUACAUCCAGCGACCGAGCCCGCAGCCAAGCAUCUGGCUUCUCAUCCCGGCGCUCAGGGCAUCGUCCGCGAUCCAGGAGCUAGAGCAGGGCCGGAUUAUCCAUGGGGAAGCCGCCGCUCGCUCCCUCGAUUCCAAUCCCUACGUCGCCAGCGCGCUUGUCACAAUGUACUCCCGCUGUGGCAGCACCGUCGACGCUCGGCGGAUCUUCGAUCUCACCCCCGCGGGCCACAGCCUCGCCUCUUGGACGGCGCUCAUGCUGGCCUACAUCGAUUCCGGGGAUCCCUCCACGGCGCUCGAUCUCUUCCGCUCCAGGCCGCGGGCGAUCCCCACCCCGGAUGCCAGGGCAUUCUCCGCGGCGAUCAGGGCGUGCUGCGAGCUCGCAUCGAUGGAGUCUGGCGUGGAGCUCUCCCCCGGGAGAGUGGUGAAGCUUAGGGCUCUUGAGCAAGGCAUGGCGAUCCACGCGACGAUCGAUGCUUGCUGGUGCUCCAGGGAUCUGUUCCUGGCCGCCGCGCUGGUGGAUUUCUACGCGCGGUGUGGCAGCGCAAGGGAUUGCCGCCGGGUGUUCGAUCAGAUCGAUGGCCCGGACGUGGUGGCGUGGACAGCGCUGGUGAAUGGCUACGCGGACAAUGGAGAGGCGGCGCUGGCGCUGGAAUCGUUCAAGAUCAUGGCGGGCAGCCGGAGCUGCGCGGAUCCAGACGCUCGGUGUGUUCUCGCGGCGAUCAAGGCGUGCAUCGCCCUGGCAGCGAGCGAGAAGCCGCGAGAGAUCUCGACUGGCGGGAAGAACAUCGCGGUGAAAAUGGGCGCUCUUCGCGAGGGGAUGGAGCUCCACGCCCGGGCCAGGCGAUGGGGAUUCGAGCGCGAGGAAUUCCUGGGCGGCGCGAUCGUGGACAUGUACGCCAAGUGUGGGAGCUUGAUCGACGCGCGCAUGGCGUUCGAUCGCCUCCCAGCCCACAGCGCCGUGACUGUCAGCUCCAUCGCCUCUGCGCACGCCAGCGCCGGCGAGGGCGAGCUCGCGCUGGAGCUCCUCCUCUCGCGUGAAUUGUGUCUUCCUCUCUCGGCCGAUGCGUGGGCGAUGAGCGCCGCGCUCAAGGCGUGCGCCACCGCCGCCUCGUCGCUGCCGCUCACGCAAUCCAUCCACGCGCGGAUCCUCCGCGCGGGGAUGGAGAUCCUCCCCGUCCUCCACGCGGGGCUGAUCGACGCCUACUGCAAAUCCGGGAGCCUCCGCCACGCGCAGUGCCUCUUCGCGGCAUCCGCGAGCAACGACUCCAUCGCCUGGAACGCGCUCCUGGCGGGGCUGAGCCACGGCGGAGACAUCGAUCGCGCGCUGGAGCUCUUCCGCCAGAUGAUCGACGAGGGCAUUCCUCCCGUGGGCGCGAGCUUCGUGUGCGCGAUCUCGGCUUGCAGCCACGCCGGGAUGGUGGAUCGCGCGCGGGGGCUCUUCGCGGCCAUGGGGAGGUGUGGAGUUCCUCGCGGGAUCGAGCACUACCACUGCAUGGUGGACGUGCUGGGCCGCGCCAACCGGCUGGAGGAGGCGGUGGCGAUGGUGAGGGGAAUGCCGCAUGAGCCCACCGCGGUUACGUGGAGGACGGUGCUGGGGGCUUGCCACAAGUGGAAGAACGCAAAGGUGGCGAAGGUGGCGUUCCAAGAGCUCGUCAAGAUAGAUCCCAGCGAUCCGGUCGCGUAUAACCUCAUGGCAAAUGUAAGGGUAUUUACAUAA